AUGGUUCAACGGACAAAAGUACUGGACACGGAAGGCACGACUCCCAAGUUUCUCUACUCCAUGAUUAAACAACUUGAUCUUAAGCUCAUUGACUGGAACAAAGUUGCACAGGAUCUCGAAAUUUCCAACGGCCACGCUGCUAGAAUGCGUUACUCCAGAUUUCGCUCACAAAUGGACGGCCCGAACACGGCCCAGCGAGCUCCCAGAAGGAGGGGCCAAAAAAAAGGUGCAAAAGGAGAUGUCAAGGGCAAUUCCCAAAUGCCAUUCGCGCAGGUUUACCCCGGACUUGUCCCAAAACUGGAAUCACCGGACUACAUGUCUCAGCCAGGUCCAUUUGUGAAGCACGAGCAUGGAAGCCAGAAACUUCAAAACAGCCAAAGCCUUUCCGACGUGUCAGAUCUCUUUCAAUUUUCCCCAAUGAUGGCAUCUUCUGGCAUACAAUACCCGUAUGUGCCUUCGUAUAUCCACCAUGGAAUUCCUAUUAAUGUUGGAAAUGGAGUAAUGUCACCGGGACAUGGAGUGCUUGGCUCAAUUAUUGGAUCUUUUGGCACUCCUUCAUACUCGCAAUUUGCCCCCUCACAGGAUUUCAGCAUCCAUAGCGGGGUCAUGACUCAGUCGACUUCCGAUGAUGCCCCUGCCAUUAACUGGGGGCUCCACGCACCUCUGGAUGAACAGGAUUCGUCUGAGAUAUCACAGAUAGAGUUUGAGCAGGAAACUGAACUCAUCGAUCUUAAAAAUGAGGUAUUGCCCGAUAAGGCGACCAAGCAGGAAGUCUGCACCCCCAAGGCCGAAGAGAGAACAUCGUCGAACGAAGAAUGA